CGCAUGCGCGGAUGAGUAGGAAGCGCUCGCAGUCUUUUAACCAGUUGAUAGAUCAACAACCGAAACAUCACCCGACAAAACAACCGAAACUGGCAACCCCAGCAUCACAGAGGCUGACUGUGGCUGUGUUCAGAGCACAAAUCUGUCCAGUUCUUGGAAUAAGUGAGUCCUCAGUCCACCUCUUAAGUUGCUGUUCAUAGGCUACCAGGGAGGACGCCCACCCUUCCUCCAUCAUGAGCACACGCGGGACCGGCAGGGCCAAUGGGAGCUUACCGCAGACCAAGAUCUGCCAGUUCAAACUUGUGCUGCUGGGAGACAUGGCCGUCGGCAAGUCCAGCCUGGUACUUCGCUUUGUUAAAGGCCAGUUUGAUGAGUUUCAGGAGACCACAAUUGGAGCUGCAUUCCUAGCACAGUCUGUUUGUCUGGACGACACUACAGUGAAGUUUGAGAUUUGGGACACAGCGGGACAGGAGCGCUACCACAGCUUGGCUCCCAUGUACUACCGUGGAGCCCAGGCGGCCAUUGUGGUGUUUGACAUCACCAAGCCUGAAACGUUUGAGCGAGCAAAAGCUUGGGUGAAAGAACUGCAGAGGCAGGCCAGUCCCAACAUUGUCAUUGCCCUAGCAGGGAACAAGGCCGACCUCGCUGACAAGAGACUGGUGGAGUAUGAGGAAGCCCAAACAUAUGCAGAAGACACAGGCUUGCUUUUCAUGGAAACCUCUGCCAAGACUGCAAUGAAUGUAAAUGAGUUGUUUCUGGCCAUUGCAAAAAAGAUGCCAAAAACAGACACCCAAAACCCCACGCAUGCUGCUCGACACCGGGGAGUAAACCUGCAGGACCCAGAUGCACAAUCCACACGAAGCUGCUGUGGGAACUAAAGGCCCGUCAACACCCCAUUACGGGAGACCACCGACACCUUCUCCUUCCAAAAAUCCCACCCUUUACCCUUUCACCUCCCAAGACGGAUAUGGAAAGAGAAGGAGGUGAGGAAAAUUCCUCCGAGAUGCCAUGAAGAGAUUUUUCCAGGAAGACUUCUGAUGGUUUGAUGGACGGGGCCGAAAGCGAACUGGCGAUGUACUCUGUCAAAUCUGGCAGUAAAUGUGGAUUGUUCAUUAGUUGUAAGUCAAGAAUCAUUUCAGUCAGUGUUAAUUUUGAUUAUGCAAGAACCAGGGUGUCACUAAAAAAGAUAAAGGAUGGAGAAAGAGACAUAUGGAACAAUGAAGAAAUUAAAUAAUCAGGAGAAAUAUAUAUUGUUACGAUAUGGCCCACAAUGUCCCUUAAAACAACCAGAACAGCCCAGAAGUCUUCAAGCGAAAUCUACACCAUACUCUGUAACACUGGAGGAAAGUAAGCACCUUAACCCUAAACGAAUCAUGCACGUAUCCUUAUAACCCUUCAACUGUGAGCGCUUGUGAAGGCCACAGCACUAAAUUCGAAACUAUGGAAGGAACGCUGAAGACAUUAUUUGUUCAUUCUGAGAUUGUUUUUAGCCUCUGUGUUUUAAUCAGUCUCCCUUUAUAGCUUGUCAUUCUUCCUAGACCCAAAAAGUAUUGGAGAUUAAUGUUGUCUUCCUGACCACAUUGAUUUUCAGUGUUCACAAAACAACAGCAAGCUCUACGAUGCCUUCUCUAUGAUAUUGCCACUUUGUGUAAACUACUGUUUGAGAAACGAUCAACCAAUCAUUGAUAACGUUUUGGCGCCAGCGAGAUGGUUCUGAUGCAUAAGAUGGGUAAUCGCAGAAUAUCACACAUUGAAUUGUCUGGAUGCAAUACCAGGCCAUUGUCUUAGUUUGUAUAUUCAAAAGCAACAUAAAUAUUCAAGCUCCCACAAAUCAUUAUCUUAGAACGUGAAUGAUUGCCCAUCUGAUGCAUACGAUAGGUUGGAAUGGCACAUAGUGUCAAGGGAAAUCUUGCCCACUUUCCCACAAGUGGCAAAGCCCCGAAAAAGUGCCUACUCAGUGUUUUCCGUGUUUGGGCUUGUUCGGGGUGAGUCCACACCUAAGAAGUAGCGUUUUCGAGAUGUUGGGUGGAAGUGUUCUGGCAAUAACCUGUAAGAAUAAACUAACUGAGUGUCUUAAAGAGGAGUCAUUAACGAUGUUUUGUUUUAAGGAUGCUGUUUGUUGAUGUGUAUAAAAAUGAGUUUUAUUUCAAAUUGAUAUUAGUCCGCAAUUAUGGGUUACCAAUACAUUUAUAUGGUUGUAUAGGGAAUGAAUUGGGUAUCAUAAGGUGUCACACAGCUACAUAUCAUUUGUCAUGUGUCUUCAGGUCCACCGUUUUUGUGGAACAGAUCUGAUCUCCUGUUAACACCUCUGUGAAUUGAAAUGUUAAAUAAAGCUGUGCUGUUCUGCUACGAAUGAAAAUAGCCUUGAUCUAAACCU